GACAAAACAAAUAUGCAGAUGUUUGGCGGGUGAUUUUACUGCUCAAUUCUACAUCAAUAAAAUCUGAAUUGAAAAAAAAUCAACUGCGUGUAAUAUUUACGGAUUAUCCAAUAAAUGCUUUGCACAAUGAAACGAAGUUAUAAAUAGAGAGGGAUUUCGGCGGAACUUUGUCUAUAAUGGCAGGAAGGGGCAGAGGACAGCUCACUUUCUCUGUGGAGAUUGUUGGCAUCGGUAAAGGAGAAAAUCUCCCUCCUUCCUCCGUCCAGCCCACCCCUCUAUUCCCUCCUUUGGAUCAGAAGCCGGUGCCCCUGCAGGCGGGUGAGGAGGCCGAGUACAUGCUGGCACUCAAACAAGAGUUCAGAGGAGCCAUGAAGACGCUCCCGUUUUACAUCCGGCCAGCUGCACCCAAGAAAGAUGUGGAACGUUAUUCUGACAAGUACCAGAAAAUUGAAACCUCUGACAACAACCUGGAAUGGAAGCCAGACUGGAGGCGUUUUCCGAAGGAGCUGCGCGUGAGGGAGAAGAGACCCCUGAGAGACAAAGGUCCAGCUGUUCCUAAACAACCCAAACAGCCACGAGUGGACAAAGAGGAGAUCAUACGCAAACUCGAGACUCUGGAGCAGAAAGAGGAAGAGAGGAGUUCUGAUGAAGAGGAGGGAGAGAAAAAGAAGCCGGAAGAGGAAGAGGCUGAGGGAGAGGAGGAGUAUGAUGAAGAGGAAUUUGAGGAUGAAACAGAUUACAUCAUGUCCUACUUUGACAAUGGAGAGGAGUUUGGAGGAGACAGUGAUGAUAAUAUGGAUGAAGCGAUUUACUGAAGCAGGUGACUGCGACUCCAUAGCGCCCUCCUCUGGCCAGUGACUGUUUUUGGAACCAGCCUGUCCCUCAGGACCAUUCUGGGCUGGAUCAUUAUGUUUGGCAGCUGAUGUUGAAAUCUGUAUGCAGUGGAUUUCCUCUCAUCCGAUCGGCUGGCAGGGCGGCUCAUUGCUACAAUCCGAGGGCCACGCCUGCAGGACACAGAGAAAGACAAUGAGGCACAAACUUCUCUCAUAAUGCAGCUAUAUGUUUUUAAAGCUUAAUAAAUAAGCAUUAGUUCAUAAGUGGAAUUAUAUUUUAGAAUUUUACUUUUAAAACGUUUUAGUGUAAGUUUGUAUUUGUCUAAAUAGCUUUUAUACAGCUUAGAUUUGUGAAAAAAAAAACCUGUAAAUGUAGAUUGUUUAUUUUGGAUGUUACAAUAUUGCAUAAUAUUUUAUAGUCUCAAGUCAAGUGAUUGUAAAUAUUCAUGUUAUUGCCAUUUUAUGCAAUAAAGUCACACUGUGUCAAGACUUUGU